AUGAUAGGAACAGCAACUUUGGUAUUUUUAGGUUGUUUAGGAGUUUGUAAAGGUUUGGGACAACCAGGUGACCAUAUGGGUGUUGUUUUGUCUUUCGGUUUAGCUGUUUUCAUUGCAGUACAGAUAACUUGUAACAACAGUGGAAGUCAUGUAAAUCCUGCAGUGACAGUUAUGAGUUUAUUUUUUAAAAAAUUAAAUUUUCCAAUGGCUGCUGUUUAUAUACUGGGACAACUCAUCGGAGCAGUGAUUGGUUAUGGACUUUUAAAGGCCGUUAACCCUUCUAAUCUUUUACACGCAAAUGGUUUUGAAGAAUAUGGUGUGUGUACAACAGUGCCGCAUCCGGAAAUAUCAGCAGCUCGAGCUCUUUUGGCUGAAUUUUUAUUUACAUCAAUCUUACUGUUGGUUGUUUGUUCUGCAUGGGAUCCUAGAAAUAGUCAUUUCGAAUCAUUGAGUUUGAAAUUUGGUUUUACUGUUUUCUCAUUGGCUUAUGCAGGAGCAGCUUAUUCCGGAUGCAGCAUGAAUCCAGCAAGAUCAUUUGGGCCAGCCAUUUGGAAUCAAACAUGGAAGGAUCAUUGGGUUUACUGGGUCGGACCGAUAUUAGCUGGAUUAGUUUGGGGUUUUACGUACACGAGAUUUUUCUGUCCAAAACUUUCUCCACUUACAGAAGAUCACAAACAACUUAAAAAAGGUGAAAUGGAAAUGAACGUUUCAUAA